UGAGAGGUAAGACAUUUUCUGAGGCUUUAUACUGACUACUACAGCACAUAUCAACGCUCAGGCCAAUCCCUAGCCUACCAUGCAGGCAGUGCACAAAUAGCCAGGUAGUGUACCAAUUAGGAAGGCGCCUCCAGGAUGGCCUCCGAUCAGGGGGGGUAGGGGGUGGUUUGAUGGCCUCCGGAGGGGGCCUCGAAGCCAUUUUACGUAAUAAUUGGAGGUCCCUGGGGUGGACAAUCAAUGCCGCGUCGCACACGCAACUUGUCCCCCCUGUUGCACGAGGAAACCCUCGACAUGCGGUAUCCGGCCGCUGGGACCAGAAGAAAAAGGGCAUGAGACCUGCAGGCGGUCAGCACGGGGUUGUUCUUGUGAACGGCGCAUGAGACUGGCAUGGAAACACUGCUUCCUGUCAGACACGGCUACCAAAAUCGUUCCUGGAGGUCCGGUAUGACCGCAUUCAAGAUCGGCGCUGCGAUCCUGCGGGUCCCACCCGCUUCCUGGUGCAGCGCCACUGAUUGCACUAGCUUCUGUCUCCGAUGGACCUGACGAGACAGGAUUCCCGCACAACCUCCUUGCUUUCCUCACCCACCAUGGUGAGCACUCAGCCCCUUCCGCACUCGCCCACCGCCCCGGGCACUGUUCCAGACGACGCUUGGAAGACGUUUCUCGAGGAAGCCAUUAAGAAGUACGAGGAGAACACCGGGAAGAAGUUGAGGGAGUUGCCGUUUGCUGAAGACGUGGAGGGCUGCACCACGCUGGACGAUUUCUGCGAUGUUCUGUCCAAGCACAAGAAGUCGUUCGGAGACUUUCGCUCCCAGGACCAGAACAUCCGGGGCGUUCUCAAGCCGCUUGCAUCCGUCUUGAAGUUCAUCAUCGACCCCGUGGCAGAGGGAACAGCCGGCGUGGUUCCGGGCGGAAAGGGGAUCAUCGUUGCUUUCGCGGGUCUUCUCCAGGCAAGUGCAGCGGGACAUAUUGCUAUAGCCCAGAAACUGACGGAAAGCGUGUCACAACAGGCCGCCAACCGAGUCAGCAGCAAAUACGACUCACUGGAGCUCAUCCUCGGUUGGUUCCAGCCAUGUUUGGCUCGCCUGGACGUGUAUCUCGUCCAGCUUCCUCCGGCUCACCGUCAACUGCUCCACAACACGUUGCUGAAGAUUCUGGUCCUCAUGAUCAAGACAUUUGGGCUCCUGACGUCGUAUCUCCAGGAAUGUCCAGAAGACAAGAAAUGGCGGCUUUGGGCAGCCAAGACGCGCAUGAAGGAUUGGGUGCUCGAGAUGCUUGGAUCUGAUGAGGUUCAAGGGGCCCUCAACGAGCUCGACGAGCUCACCAAGGAAGAGGUCCUUGCCACAUCGCUACAGACGCUUCUGGUGUCCGUGGAAAUACAAAACCUGAUUGUCGAGCAAGAUAUCAGAACCUGGCUCAACCCAUAUGAUACGGGCACACGCUUUAACUAUCUUACCGAAGUUAAGCAUAACGGGACAUGUAAUUGGUUCUACGACGAGCGAUUUGAGAAUUGGAUUGGGAUGCCGAACUCGAUGUAUUGGGUCCAUGGGAAGCCUGGCGCUGGGAAAAGUGUGUCGAUGUCUGCGGUGGUCAAGCAUAUGCAGGCACGGAAGGAGCUCUUCGCGUUUGCGUUUAUCUCUUAUCGUGAGGAACGAUCCCAGCAUUUGGAAAGUGUCCUGUCGGCGCUGGUGUAUCAGCUUGCCACUCAGGCCAAGUGUUUCCACGACCAGCUCAAGACGGCGUAUGAUCGGCGCGGGUUAGCGCUUUCUGCCUCCCGGACCGUACUGUUGCAGUGUCUUAUGGACAUGCUGAAGAGUGCACCAAAGCGGGUGGUCCUUCUGAUUGAUGGCCUGGACGAGUAUCUGAACCCCGGGCGCACUGUGGAGCUUCUGCCUUGCUUACGGGAUCUGCGCGGGUGCAACAUCAACAAUCUGCGUCUCUUGUUGGCGAGCCGACCGGAGCAGGACAUCGAACGCGUGCUGAAACUCGAAGUGACUCAUCUGCUGAACCUUGAGGAGAAGGCAGGGAGUCGUGAAGGCGACAUCUUGAGCUAUAUCAAGGCUCAGAUUGAGCAGCAUCAUCCGGAUUGGUCUAUUGCUGUCCAGGAAAGGGUGGAGAAGGCAUUGACUCGGAGGGCAAACGGGAUGUUUCUGUGGGUUUCGUUGCAGAUGUCGCAUCUCCUGACGUGCGAAACGGGCGACAUUGAACGACAGCUGAAAAACUUGCCUGCGGACGUCAAAGGGACGUAUGAUCGGAUGAUGGAGCGCCUUCGGGCUGAUGCUUCGUCUUUCCAUCGCUCUCGGCGUCUUCUCUAUUCCAUGGCAACUUUCUUGGGUGACAUGCGUGAGCCCAUUGCGGCGGCCAUCACCAUGGUCGACCUUGACUGGGUGGACACGGACGGAAUACCGCAACCCCCUGAUCCGUUCAAUACCCGCGAUGUGAUCCGUCGGCGCGGCUCCUCAUUUGUUCAGGUUAACAGAAACUCGGUGGUUGAAUUUGUGCAUUUUACAGCCAAGGAGUAUGUGGAGGGACUUGCGGAUUUCGACGAGAAGAAGGCCAGAGCCACGGCUUUCAUAGCAUUAUCCACCGCGGCGGUGCUGAAACUCCUUGAUGCGGGAUACUGGGAGGAUUGGUCUCGCUUGCCGCUAUACAUGCGCCAGGCGGAUGUGGAGCCUUUGCUGUCCCGCAUUUUCGAUCCGUCGGAUGGGCUGUGGCCACAAUUACGGGAUGGAUUCGGAUUGACUUUUGCGGGCUCAGAGUACGCAAUCGCAUACGAAGCAGAGACGGGGCGGUCAUCUGCCGAGUUGGUUCCGGUGUUCGACAGCUGCUUGCACUGGGCGAUGCACUUACGUUUCUUCAAAACGGCCGAGGCGGUGCUUGCCAAGAUGGGCGACGAGACAAGCCAUUCUCGGCCUGUUCAGGUUCUCAUCCGUACCAUCAGAGAGGCCCUCAGACAGAAGGAGUAUCGACAGAAGUAUUUUCCCGAGGAAUUCUACUGGGGUGUGGAAUACUACUGGGCUAGCAGAUACCCUGAUGUUUCGGAUUGCAAAGAACUGCAGCGCGCAGCUGAAGGGGAGCUAUUUUUCCAUAAAAACCGCUACAAACACCUGCUACUGCCGCACCUCUCAAGAUAACAUUGUCGGCGUACUGUCUUUUCCGUAUCGCACAGCCACCGGAACAGGAGAAUGCUGUUGCUCGAUCUUUUCGCGCUGCACAGCCGCCAUCACCGGAGGGUCACCGGAACACCGCUUUGAACUUUCCACUCCGGCCUCCCUUUCUUCCACAGCGCACUCGCAUUCACUGAGCAGGAUAGUCAUAUGAACAAUGUACACAUGGGACCUGCUGAGCGAAGCGGCCCUCUGCUUAAUCAAGUAUAGUACAUCGUAUAAGCGCAAUGGGAAUAGCCGCCGCUCCUCUCGGUCUGCAGAUAGACAACGAGUGUUCUCAUUGAGUAUCGCAGCACAGAGAACUUCGGUGCGUGUUGUUGCACGGUUUUUCAUUACCCAGCUCCAGGGACAUACAACCCCUUGACCGGCCAGUCACAGCUCGGCACAGUCAUCUCUCACGGCUCCAGCUACAAGAUCUACUGGACCCAGCGCGCCAAUGCGCCAUCCAUCUCCAGCACUUCAUCCUUGACCAGCUCUGGUCUGUGCGCAUGUGGCGAGGCCUGUGACAUAUGUAGCGCACUUCCUGCAUGCCUCCCCCCCUCUUGCUCCCCACGAUCGCACACACUGCUUGAGACGGUGAUUGGAAGACGUUGACAACGAUGCAAGCGAAAACCGCAAGAAGAUCGCUAGGAGGAAGCUGAACAACUUGCUGCUCGCUGAAGAUGUGGAGGGCUGCGAACGGUAGAAGAGUUCUGCGAUGAGCCAUGGGGACGUCCGGAUUGCGUAUCGGGAAGUUCGGCCGCUCGUUCUCAAGAGCGUCAAGGCCGCAGAGAAGAUCGGCAUUCUCGGUCGGACGGGGCCAGGCAAGAGCUCUCCGCUGCACUGCUUGUUCCGCGGGGUCCAGCGGCAGUCUGAUGAAGUCGACAUCAACGGAAGGAGUAUCUCAGGGGUUGUUCUGGAUGCGUUGAGAGGUCGGCUGGCGCUAGUCCCGCAGGACAGCGGGCUGUUCCCGGGAACUCUGCAAGGAAACUUGGACCCACAAAACUCGAGAACGGACGCAGAAAAGUUCUCUGUGCUGCAGCGCGCAUGGCUACCGCCGCGACCCGGGGAACCGUCUCACCCCGUAGCCGAAGCCAAGUUCAGUCUGAAUCCUACAAUCGGCGACGAGGGAUCCAACUACAGCGCUAGCGAGGAGCAGCUGCUGGCUCUCUGUCGAGUGUUGGUGAACAACAGCCCACUCAUCGUUCUGGACGAGGCGACGAGCAGUGUCGACGUUGAGACGGAUGCGAAGCUGCAGCGGACAAUCCGAACAUAGUUUGCGAGCUCGACGUUGUUGUGCAUCGCGCAUCAGCUCAAUACGAUCGCCUACUACGACCGGAUUUUGGUGCAUCAUGUAAUCCCUUGCUCGAUGUCGGAUUCUCGCCUCCCCUGGAGUAAGAGAGUGCGAUCCAAUUCCAUCAAUUUGACAUGAUGUAGAUUUGUAUACCAACUGCCGUUUGAUUACUUGACCAGCGCGACGAACGACCAGUCCCGGGCCGACUUCCACCACCUGAACUGUGCCCAGACACUUCGAGCUUUCUCAGAUGGUCGCAACGCUGAAGCACGUUUCGUUGACCCACUUGAAUCCGCGCAGAGGGCACGCUCGAAUGCAUUCCCGUGUUGGACUCGUUCCAAUCGACGAAUCUCCUAGAAACGAUCGAUGACACAUGCCUGGUCCAAAGUCUGCUUCCCGAGAUUUCUGGCAUCCCCAUCGCGUGUACUUUGGCCAAGGUCGAGAGUGUUGAUGCGGCUGAGGUCGGUUGAACAGUAUGAGAUGCGGCAAUGAUUCGUCAGGAAGACAUACAAGACACGCUCGAAAACGAGAUUCGGGAGCUGAAGCUCGAGGCUGCCUUCGAAAUGUCACUGGAGAUCUGUGUGCAGGUCACGUCAAAUGGCCCGGACCGAGAACUUGGGCAUGAUCGCAGCGGUAUCUGGUGAACCGAGACGCAAGCGCUAGUGUGAGAUUUUGUGCAGUACCAAGGGCCUGGAGAUCGUCGGCUCGACUUGAUACGCAAGCAGUCGUAUCGUGCGUCGACUUUGCACAAUCACAGCAGCGUCGGCCAGACAAUUACGAUCAACACAGCCAACUCGGGGCAUCGGCGCCAGCUGUCUCGAUUUCGUCGCCCCGUGCGGCGGAUGUCCUACACGUCGAGCCACCAAAACCAAGCGCGGUCCCGGAAGCAGCGAGAGAAGAGGUGCAGGCUGUUGAUCACAAAUCAUCAUUUGUCAUCCAGUCGAAAAAGGGCCUGACGCCCGGCUCUCAUCCUGCAGAGCUCUGGAUGCAGAUCGUGCGCAGCGACAUUGUGGCCGACCGGUUGGAGACGGUCCGAGAGCGUGGCCAUUUCGCAUGCGCCCCGACUCCGCCGUCGAGCAACGCCGGAUGUCCCUAACGCGUUUCUGGAACGCCGCCGCCGCCGAUAGUGGGAUGAUAUCCCGCGUUCGCCGUGAACUCGAAGCUACUUGCGCUUUUCAUGUGACCGAACGUCCGUUGAUCCUAGCAAGAUCGGUAUCGCACUACUGCCUUAUACGCUGAGGGCGCUCAACAGUCACCCAAUUCUUCUGUCAGGCUGGGCGUGGGAACGGUGUACGCGCCGUGUGCACUCUGUAGCGACUCAGCCACAACGACCCCCGCGCGGUGCAGGUCACGUGUGCGAUUUGCUCAGCGAGGGUUCGAGUCCAGGAUAAUCUAAUAUGGGCUGCGGAAGGGUCUAACACAUGCUUAUGGUGUAGUAGUUAAUUCUCUGUCAAUCCUAACGAGAGACCCUUUGUUCGAG